UCUACAUUUGGUAAAAGGCUUCAUCCCGGGAAUUCUCAAAAUCAUUUUCAAGUAUGAAAAGAGGAGCACAAAGUUCCAUCGGAGGGACAAUGAAUGUCGCAAGCUUCCUAAACCAGCAAGCAGUCUCAAACAAUGGAUCGGGUGUACAUCAUCUUGUCAACGGUGAAAAACGGCCAGCAGGCGAGAUGGAAGAGUGUACAUUUACGCAGUUUAACCCACAGCACCUGGAAAUCGACGAAGAACACGGCGACUUGAGUGACGACGACGACGACGAUCCACACGGCGGCCCCGGUGCCAAGAAGUCCAAAAAGACCAAAGGAAGAGUCAAAAUCAAGAUGGAGUUCAUCGAGAACAAGCUUCGUAGAUACACUACAUUCAGCAAGAGAAAAACUGGCAUCAUGAAAAAGGCUUAUGAAUUAUCAACAUUGACUGGCACCCAAGUAAUGCUGUUAGUGGCCAGUGAGACUGGACACGUGUACACCUUUGCGACUCGCAAGCUUCAGCCAAUGAUCACAAGUGAGAGUGGCAAAGCACUCAUCCAGACGUGUUUAAAUUCACCAGACCCAGCCACGGCUGCGCACCAUCAUAACCCAGACCAGAGAAUGAGUGCAACAGGGUUUGAGGAGACAGAACUCACCUAUCAGGUCACCGAGGAAGAACUCGCAAAGGAGGGAAAGACACAAAUGUUUACAGUCACCAACGUCCCUGGUGCAGGUGUAGAUGUAUCAUCACCAGGCUUAGCCUCUUCUCAGUCAGGUAUAUCCAUCACAGGUGCAGGGCACACCUAUCCCAUGACAACGUACCUGCCUACAGGCUCGUCAUCUGGUGGCUCCACGGUAGGCGGCAGUAAUGGGAAUAAGGCACUAGGGGGAAUGACUGCCAGUGAUAUGUUAGCACAAGGGGGAUUUACGACUGCGGUCUUACCGCAAGGUACCACCCUACCGGCCGGGGCGUCCAUACCAGCCGGAGUGUUACAACUGCCUCACAGUCACAGCCAGGGCCAGCAAUCCCCAUCAUCCACUGCCAAUCAAACAAUGCAUCCGCCACAAUUAUUAUACAGGUUACAGCAGCCAGGAGGACCGAUGAGUCCCCUCGUCCUCUCCCCAACAGUCACCUCCGUAACCUCCGCCACAGCCCCAAGUCAAUCCAUCACGUCAUCGUCAGCUCAAGAAUCCAUUGUUAAUAUGAGUGUCCCGCCUUCCUUAGUGUCAACAGUAUCCAGUACAUCCAGUGCAGCUGCUGCUUCACCCCUUAUGUACCAUACCCAGUCAGGUAUCGUGUACGCUACAUCACCAGGAUCUAUCCCAGAGAAUCUUCUGCUUCCUUCAUAUCAAGCGUCAAUGUCUGGUAGUCAUGCUCAUGACAGAGGUAAUGUGAACAUAGGUCUCAUUCCUGUAUCUACUGGCCAGGCUACUACACAUGCCAUUGUACCAAUGACAAUCUCCAAGGCUGGUCUGGACAGCAAACAGAACCUAAGUCAAGGAGGAGAAAGAAAGCACCUUUCCUCACCCGGGGAGCUGAAAGCUCUCAACAGUCGCCAGUUUCUUCUGCCUCCGCCAACUAAACAUCGGUAACAUUUUAAUCGGCAGAGUUUCUUCUUGUUAUUUUUUACACAAAUAUGACGCUCGGACCUAAGUGUUCCAAACUAAGGCAUUAUCUAUGAGUACUAAACUUUUUACAAAUUUAUUACGAGACACUGAUCCCAUAGAGAGUCUUCGCAUCAAGUCGAGGAAGAAUUUUUUUUAAUCCAAGAUCAAAUUCGUUGAAUGCGAUCAAAACAUAAUCACGCCACACUAUGAUGAAGUGAUGAAAAACCAUAGAGUUAUAUAUAAGAACUAGAGGGCGCACUGGUGAUGCUUCUUGCACAAACGCGACGGGACCGCAAGGAGACAUGCGCGCGCCAUUCUUAGCACGCGUUGAAUAUGAAACACAUGUUGGAGUUCGUGUUUAUUGAACUCUACGCGAUGCUGUUUUGUCAACUUACAAAAUGGUCGCACAAACACACGCUGUGCGGUGUCUGUUUUGUCAACUUAGAAAAUGGCUGCCUGCGCGCAUGCCAGGUCGCGUAUAUAGGCCAGUGCGCCCUCUAGUUCUUUUUUAUAACUCUAUGUUGAGAACGCACAUCUUGUACGCAUGGAGGGUUAGCCAGGAGCAGUCACUGAUGAUUGUGAUAUAAUGAAGAGAUUUAGAUCAUGAUUGAUUGACAAAUACAAGGGAGUCCUUGUUGACCUUGAUCUCAUGGAUUUCUAUUGAUUCUACUCAUUGUACUGUGACCCUGCACAGGGUAUGAACAUCUGUCAGUUGGUAAGACACUGCUCUAGAGUUGCAAAAGGUCCUGGGUUCGAAUCCCACCAGAGAAAAAUGCUGUGUGUUGUGAGUUUCCUCUACACCAGUUUGUGUGUCCGGUUAUUUGUGUGCCUUAUUCUCUGUACAGAUAGUUAGCAAUCAAAGGUGUGAUUCCUCCAUUUUUGAUUUGGUCUGAUGAUGGGUAUAAUGAACUCAUAUAAGAGCAGGGGAAUUCCGUUAAACCCCAGGUAGAUUUAUUAUGUUGAACCAUCCAAAGUCUAGUUAUACUCUUUUCAUCACAGUGUCACCCAAUGAGGUAGUCUGAUCUGGGUCUCACCUGACAUCCACUUUUGAGGUUUUUGGGGGGACAACCUGUUUAUCAGGCCUGCUGUGGUAACAGGCAUCUCUAUGGGGAAAAUUUGAAUACCUACAGGGGGGUUUCAGUUGGCAUUCGGCUCCAAUAGCUCUGUGGAGGAUCAUGGGGCCUUUUCCAAACCUCAGCUCUGGCUUGGGCUUUGAUGCAGGCUCUGACUUGGGCCCUAGGCUCUGGCGCCCUCUUGGGCUCUGGUUUAGUCUUGGGCUCUGGCUCCGACUUGGGCCUGGACUCCAGCUUGAGCUCUAGCUCCAGCUUAGGCUCUGGCACCCUCAUGAGUUCAGGUUCAGUCUUGGGCUCUGGCUCCAGCUUGUUGCCCUGGCUUGGGCUCUGGCUCAGGCUCCAGCUCCAGGUUGGACUCUGGCUCAGGCUCCAGUUCUGGCUUGGGCUCUGGCUCCAGCUUGGGCCCGAGCUCCGGCUUUGGCUCUGUGGUCAAUUUGUUGCAGGGUAUUUCCCACACCAAACAGAGCCAGCAACAGAACCUAAGCCGAGUUUAAGAAAAAGACUGGCCUGUGUAUGUGAAAGUAUGACAUUUUAGAUCAAAUAAUCACAGAAGCCCUUCUCAUCAUUCAAUUAUCCAUUAGUAGCAUAAAUUGGAACCAGCAACAUCUACAUUCUAUCCAUUCACUUUUUCCAUUACUUUACUUCUUCCGUGACAUAACUAGACUGGAGACAAACAGAGUUCACUGUUUGAAAUGUCGAAAUUAAACAGCUCUUAUGAGAGCGCAACAAUUUCACACUGUUGUAUCUGCAAGCAUGACUAGAAAUAGUUUUGUCUUAGUAUCCAGACCAUGCAAAGCUUUCAAACAUCACUUAAAUUACCGGAUUCGGAAGGAAUUAAGGUUUGAUGCUUUCAACUGGGGACAGGAGUCCGGCACCUCAUAGUGGGUGCUGGUAUUGAGUAAACAAACCAAGCAAGUGUUAGCACAGUUCACUUGCAAGCAACCAUGCACACUGUGAAUUGUUCACUUAAGUUGUACACACUGUAUUGUGAAUAACUUUACUCCAUGUGUGGGUUGUGUGAAUAGCUGUCACCUACAAUCUUCCUCUUCGUUGUGUCAGAUUAUUUCACCAAUUGUAUUUCAAAUGGUUUGGGUUUGGUGUAAGAAAAGAUGACUGGAGCGGGACUUUUGAACCAACAACCUCCGAAUUAGCGUACAAGAGCUGUACCAAACACCAACUGAGCUGACCAGCCCUAUGUUGGUGGUCUCCCUAUUAGUCAAUGUCUUUGUUUAACUGUUGGCUGCCGUGUGGCCAGGGAUCACACCCAAAUUAUUCAAAACUUACCCAGUCAGUUUUGCUUGUGGUUUAUAACUCAGUUGUAUUUCAAGUAAGGGGUGAACUAUUCCUCAUUUUUUUUAUUUAUAUUAAUCUAUAUAUGAAAUAACUUUGUAAAAUAGUUUGACACAGUCAUUGUGUGUCUGUAAUUAUUAUUAUUAUUUUUUUUUUUUAUAUAUUUUCCUCAUUGUAUUUAGUUAGACUGUUGUUUGUUCAUCGGUUGAAACUCAAAUGUUUUGCCAUAAGUCAAAGAUUUUAUAAAAAAUUCAACAAUGAUAUGGUCUUCCAGAGGAUUUUAAUAUAUCUUUUUAUUGAUGGUAGAGAUUCUGGGGAAGUAUACUUCCCCCAUAUAUUUCAGAUUUUAUAGAAAGUGCAGAUACUGUGAUGAGGUACCACAUUUUAUAGUCGAGCAAACAUUUUGCAGCAAAAAGUUCAGAAUUUUGAUUUAUUCAUUUCAAAUGUCAAAACGAAAGUUGUAAAUGUGGCUGAUAUAUGUUUGCUGAUAUUUCUGUGGAUCAACAAUGAAAUAUUAAUAGAGAUAGCUGUAAAUGGAUUGUCAAUAGAUUAACAUUUAUUUUGUAUAAAAUUGUUAAAUUUUUGUGUACAUAACAUCAAAUUUGUUGCUUGAAGUGGUGUAAAAAGUCAAUAGUGUUGCUAUAUUGAUAAUAUUCAUUGAAAAAUGUGUUUAAUUUUACUGUAUUUUAUGUGGCCGUGCUGCUUAAGGGCCUUGUCACACAAAGCAACUUUCACAGGGAACUUUGAGGCAACCAACUGCAGAGCAUGCUAACGGACUACUUUGACAACACAUGAGUAAUUUUUCAAACAAUGUUUACGAUCCCCAAGAAAAAUAUGUGAAAACUCAAAUCUGAAUGCCUUUUCUUCUUAGAGACUGCCUGGAACUGGUUGCCUGUAAAUUGCCUCGUGUGACAUGGGCCUAAUACAAUAGAGGAUGCAGAAAAUAAACCAUCAAAUGAUUGACAAAUGACAUUAUAUGUUCUUAAGAAUAAUUGCACUGGAACAGCUAUUUCAAUGAAGUUCCUACACCAAUCUAGUCGAGGCCAUACAUCAUCUCAUUCCUUUCCAAAUGAUCUUGGUCAAAAUGACUCAGUCCAGCAUGCAAGUAUGCAGCUCUUUAUACAUUAACCCGUUAGAGAUCGUUCUCUUCUGUUUAAUCAUCUCAAUACGCCCAUACAUGGAGCACUAUUGUUGAUUUUUGUUUCAAUAAAAAUGCCUAAAAAAACAAAUAUGAAACUGAAAUAAAGUUUUUUUUUAUUUUAAACAAAUAUAAAUAAUAUGUAAACAUGAGAAACAUUAAAAAAUGUACAUUCUGGACAUGACUUUCACUGUGACCUUUCUCUGUGAAUGAUAGUCGUUAAAUGUUCUUUUCGUGAUGACAGCUUUUUUGAGAUAUGUUCCCAAUUCCGGUUAUCCAAGAAGUAAAGGUCAAUAUGGGGUCUCAAAAAGGGUUUGAAAAUCAGUUGUGUUGUUCUUGAGAAAUGGUCCCACUUCCGGUUGACUCCGAAAGUAAAGGUCAACAUGGGGUCACAAUAACUCAAGUUCAAUCUUUACAGCUCAAAGGAACUAUAGACCUUUCUUUUGCAACGUCACAGCCCGAGUUUUUGCCAACCCAGAUUGGAAACCUAU